AUGUUACACUUCACCUUACAAGCCCGCCAGGCCCGGGGCCGGCUACUGUCGGGACUUACCCUGAGGCAAAAAGGAACCGAGUCCGCGCCUAACACCCUCACCCUGGUACGCAGCGCUCCUCGCUCCCACUGGCUGCGCGCCCCGACUUCUGUCCGCUGGCUCGGUCCGCGCCCGGCCGGGACGGACUCCAGACCCCUUCGAUUCCUGCCCACUUCUCUACUCCCUUGUUCCGGCCUUCUGCACACAACCCAGGCGAAACUCAGCUCCCAACUGCGUCCCUCCGGGUGCGUCUCCGCUCUCCUCAGAUCUCGGUUUCAGGCCACUGCGCGCGCGGAGUACUGCAACUUUCGGAGAUCCCGCCAAAUUCUCGGGCUGGGUCACGCCAGCGUCAACACCGAGGACUACAACUCCCAGGAGGUAGUGGGGUUGUCCGGAGACUCCAUCUCCCAACCUGCCAGGAUACUGCCCCCCAUUCCCCCCACCCCCCGCCCCCCGCCCCACCCGGCCAAGUCCAAGGUCGGGGGCGUAGCGACCCCGCCUGAGGUGGGUUCUGUAGAGUUCAUGCAGACCGAGCAUUACCGGCAGUACCGCCAGUCGAUGCGCGCCCUCAGGCUGGAGUUCGUGUCCAAGUUAUGGAAGAAGGUGCACGAGGCCUGGGCAGGGAACCUGGCAGAGGGUAAGGUGCUGCAGGAUGCAGCUGACUACAGUAACCUGCUGGCUUGGAACCGGGCGGAGAACCAGCAACUGCACGAGCUUUGGUUAGGGGGACUGCGGCAGGAGGCGGAGGUGCGGGAGCAGGAGCAGUGGCAAGUAGAGGAGAAGGCCCCGUGGGCCGAGAGGCGCAGGCCUGGGAGCAGCCAAAGGAUCAGGAAGGUGCGGCAGCUGCAGGAGGAGGCAAAACAUUUCAUCACCUGAGAGAAUCUGGAGGCGUGGGUAGAAGAAGUGUUCGACUCCUGGAAGAGCUACAACUGGGCCAUCACCAGAGAGGGACUGGUACCAGGUCAGGCCACAGCACAGCACAAGGCCUCUGAAGUGCCCAUCCAGGGGCCAUGUGUGUAUGGAGGUAGAAAGGUUGGGCCUGGAAUUAACCAGUUGAUGUUUCUUAAAAAAAAAAAAAAGAAAGAAAGAAAGAAAGAAAAAAGAAAAGGAGAGCAAGAAUUUGCAGGAUGCCUGGGUGGCUCAGUUAGUUGAACUACUAACUCGUGAUUUGGCUUGGGUCAUGAUCCCAGGGUUGGGAUCCAUCCCU